CCCAGCAUGGAGCUCCUCGGACUCUCCACCUUACUGCUCGUGGUCUGCGUCGUAUUCCUGCUCUAUGCUUUAACGCAAAGCAGUCCGAAUCCGGGCAAAGCGCGGCUCCCCCCCGGACCGACCCCGCUGCCCGUUUUGGGGAACAUUCUUCAUCUCAACGGAAAAAAGAUCUUCACGUCGCUUGUUAAACUCGGUGAGAAAUAUGGUCCGGUCUACACCGUUUACAUGGGCAUGGAGCGAGUCGUGGUCCUCUAUGGUUACGAGGCGGUGAAAGAGGCGCUGAACGAUCGCGGGGAGGAAUUUUCGGGUCGGGGGCACAUGCCGCUUCUGGAUAAGAUAAGCGAUAACGGUCACGGCGUCAUCGGCAGUAACGGCGAGCGCUGGAAGCAGCUGCGCCGAUUCUCCCUCAUGACCCUGAGAAACUUCGGGAUGGGGAAGAGGAGCAUCGAGGAGCGAAUCCAGGAGGAAGCGUCUUUCCUCAUCGAGGACCUCAGGAGGACCAACGGGCAGCCUUUGAAUCCCACCUACUACUUCAGCAGAGCCGUGUCUAACGUCAUCUGCUCGGUGGUCUUCGGGAACCGGUUUGAGUACGAAGACAAGAACUUUCUGCGGUUACUCGGCCUCUUUAAUGAAACAUUUAGAGGCUUCAGUUCAGUUUGGGGUCAGAUGUAUAACGUAUACCCAAAGGUCUUCGGGAAAUUACCCGGACCCCACAACAAGCUCUUCGACGCCAUUAAGGGGAUAAAAGAAUUUGUUUCGGAGAGAGUCAAAAUGCACCAGGAGACCCUGGACCUCAACUCCCCCCGAGACUUCAUCGACUGCUUCCUCAUAAGGAUGGAGCAGGAGAAGAACAUACCAGACACCGAGUUUCACAUGGAUGGGAUUCUUAACACCACGUUUGAUAUGUUCGGGGCCGGGACAGAAACUGUGAGCACAACGCUGCGUUACUGCCUCAUGAUCCUUCUCAAGCACCCGGACGUGGAAGAACGCUUACACCAGGAGAUUGACCGGGUCGUUGGCAGAAACAGAGCGCCGUGUAUCGAAGACCGUUCGCGCAUGCCGUACACGGACGCCGUUGUCCACGAGGUCCAGAGAUUCAUUGACCUCAUACCCCUUGGACUUCCACACAAAGUGAUUCAAGAUGUUGAAUUCAGAGGAUACUUUAUUCCCAAGGGCACCACCAUCUACCCGCUGCUCAGUUCAGUUCUCCGCGACCCCAAGCAGUUUAAGAAUCCGAACGACUUCAACCCGGGACAUUUCCUGGAUAACGAGGGAAAAUUCUCCAAGAAAGACGGAUUCAUGCCGUUCUCCUCAGGGAAGCGGAUCUGCGCCGGAGAGGGCCUGGCUCGCAUGGAGCUCUUCUUGUUCCUCACCACCAUCCUGCAGAACUUCACGCUUAAGUCUGCCGCGGACAGAGAAGAGCUCGACCUCACCCCGGAGAUCAGCGGAUUUGGAAACGUUCCCCGAGCCUACCAGCUGAGCUUCAUUCCGCGCGCGGCAAUCGGUGGAGCUUAUGGCUGCAGAAUGGAGUUCCUCGGACUCAUAACCCUGCUGCUAGCGGCCUGCGCCAUAUUCCUGCUUUUUACCCUAAUGCAGGGCAGAGAGAAGGGGGGCAAGUCGAGGCUUCCCCCGGGUCCCACUCCGCUGCCGGUAUUGGGGAAUAUUCUACAGCUGAGUGGGAAAGAGGUCUUCAAAUGCUUCAUUAAGUUCAGUGAAAAGUUUGGUCCGGUCUACACCAUUCACGUGGGCAUGGAGCGAGUCGUGGUCCUCUGUGGUUAUGACGUCGUGAAAGAGGCGCUGAAUGACCGCGGAGAGGAGUUUUCUGCUCGGGGACGCAUGCCGCUGUUGGAAAGGAUAAGCGAUGGCGGUCACGGCGUCGUUGGCAGUAACGGCGAGCGCUGGAAGCAGCUGCGCCGAUUCUCUCUCCUGACCUUGAGAAAUUUCGGGAUGGGGAAGAGGAGCAUCGAGGAGCGAAUCCAGGAGGAAGCUCAGUUCUUAGUAGAGGAAAUCCGAAAAACCAACGGUCGGCCCCUGGACCCCACUUUCUAUUUCAGCAAAGCUGUGUCCAAUGUUAUCUGCUCCGUGGUCUUCGGAACCCGGUUUGAAUACGAAGACAAGAACUUUUUGAGAUUGCUGGGGCUCUUAAAUGAAUUAUUAAGAGGUUUCAGUUCUGCCUGGGGUAAGAUGUAUAACGUAUACCCAGAGGUCUUCGGGAAAUUACCCGGACCCCACAACAAGCUCUUCAAUGCUGUGAAAGGACUAAAAGAGUUUAUUACGGAAAGAACAAAAGCACACCGGGAGACCCUGGACCCCAACUCCCCCCGAGACUUUAUCGACUGCUUCCUCAUAAAGAUGGAACAGGAGAAGGAUAUCCCGGACACUGAGUUUCACAUGGACGCGCUGGUUAACACCACUUUUGAUAUGUUUGCGGCCGGCACGGAAACAGUUAACAUAACCCUACGUUACGGCCUGAUGAUUCUUCUCAAGCACCCGGACGUGGAAGAGCGAGUUCACCGCGAGAUCGACCGGGUCGUUGGCAGAAACAGAGCCCCGUGCGUAGAAGAUCGCUCGCGCAUGCCGUACACGGACGCCGUCAUCCACGAGAUCCAGAGAUUCGUGAAUCUCAUCCCCCUCGGCAUUCCGCACAAAGUGACCGAAGAUGUUGAAUUCAGGGGAUACUUCAUUCCAAAAGAUACCACGGUGUACGUAGUUCUCGGCUCCGUCUUAACGGACCCAACGCAGUUUGAGGAGCCGCACAACUUCAACCCAGGGCACUUCCUGGACGAAGAGGGGAAAUUCUGCAAGAAAGACGCAUUCAUGCCGUUCUCCUCAGGGAAGCGGAUUUGCCUCGGGGAAGGCUUGGCUCGGAUGGAACUCUUCCUAAUGUUCACCACCAUCCUUCAGAACUUCGCCCUCAAGUCCCCCGUGGACCCAGAAGACAUCGACCUGAGCCCAGAGAUGAGCGGGUUUGGAAAUUGUCCUCAUCCCUACCAGCUCUGCUUCAUCACGCGAUAA